AUGGGCGGCGGCGGCGGGCGCGGCCCCGCUCGCCCGCAGGUCGGGGGCUGCCGGCAGGAGAGGGCUCCGCUUGGCCGCCGCGGGGCUCAGCGCCGCGCUGGGCGCAUGGUCCCGGCCCCCGGCCCGGGCGCCGCCUGCGAGCGGAGAGAGAGCGUGGUUAGCGGCGAGCCCCGCGAGAGGCGCUCCCGACGCAGAGCGUGUUUCUGGCGAUCCCGCUUCGGAACUUCCCAGCAUCCAGAGGAGGGACGCGAGGCGAGAGAUCACCUCCCGGCGGAGCGGGGGAGGGACAUCUCCUCCCCCCCGCCGCCCAGCCUGUCCUCGGCUCCUCUCCGCCGGGGACUCGGCGGAGGCGGCGUCCCGAGACGGUGGUCUCGCUUUGUCGCAAAGGCGAACCCGCUGAUGCCCCGCUCCCUCGGCCGGGGCAGGCGAGCCCGGCCGGCAGCUCUGGGACUUUUGCGGCGGGAGGAGGUCGUGGGGGAGAGCAGAGCGCGUAAAGGCAAAAAUCCCUUUCAUGACCAAGGAAGGAGGCAACAACAUUCUUACAGCCCUGAGAAGUGCCCGUUACUAGGAAUGAUUUUCACUUUGUUCCUGAAAAGCACGCCAAGUUUACUGGUGUUUGCUGACGAUGUUACAAAUAGAAGCAGGCCCGGCAGGAGGGAGCAUGAGCUUUCCAGUGGAACCUGUGACAGCAGGGACCUGCUCCAGUCUGAAGUUUGUGCAAUGGUGUGAAACUGUCCCUCAGCCUGUGAGAAGGGUGCUCCCCUGGCAGCAGAGGGAGGGUACGUGCUGCACCUCCUGGGAUGUGGUAAGCUUUGAGGGCACAGCCAGCCUGGGUGGUUCAGAAGAGCACAUCCUGUGAAGUCAGGCAGGAUGAGACCUUGGGAAUGGUGCUUGGUGCUGUCCCUGCAGCAGUGGGAAGCCAUGGCUUUCAGGAGGGCUUCUGGAGCUGUGGGAGCAGCAGCAGCAGGGGCCUCAGCCUUGCUCCCCGACUGCCACAUAACAACGUGCCCAGAGGGACCCUGAAGGUGUCCCUGCUCGGUGUGGGGAAGCCCAGGGCCCUGGUUUCACCUGCCAGAGUCACACAGGUACUUUCACUUCAGAAUAAAUGCAGCACUGCCAAAGAAACACACGGCUUUUCCUGCAUCAUUUCCACAAAGUCGUGAGUUAGAAUCUUGGUUGUAUUGAAACAGAACUCGCCCAGUUCUAACAAUUCAAGCUUUAGUCCCUGGACUGGACAAGGCCUGCUAGGCACUGUGCAGGUACUAACCACUGCUGCUCUUCUCUUCACAGCCCAUGGUGGCACCUUUCAGCCUUACCAGUCUUACUUCAAAUCUUUCUCAAACAAAUAUGGCCAUAUAAAGCCAGUCAAUUGUAACCCCAUGCAGCCAAAACUAGAGCGUGUUUCUUUCAGUAUUAAAAUACAAAUAUAUGCUCUAGAAAGGCAAUUUC